AUGGCGAACGGGUCAAUGUCGUUUAACCAAUCAACUGUUGAUCCUGAAGAUGUUAAAAGACAUUCCAAACUGGCUGAGAACUGGUGGGAUCUGAACGGACCUAUGAAGCUACUCCAUGUAUACAACUCAGUAAGAGUGCCGUUCAUACGAGAUGGUCUUGUACCACCUUCUACAGAGAGGACCCUGACACCUCUUGUGAAUAUAAGUAUUUUAGAUGUGGGCUGCGGAGGUGGAAUACUUACAGAGGCAUUAGCUGCAUUGGGUGCUAAAAUGACGGGCGUCGACGCUAGUGGAGAAUUGAUUGAAGUAGCCAAAGAACAUACAAAUAAUAAUAAUGACAUUAUAAUUAAACCAACUUACUAUCACACGACGAUAGAGUUAAUCUAUCAUCAACAGCAACACUCUGAACAGUUUCGCAAUCAUUACGACGCGGUUGUAGCAUCAGAAAUCAUAGAACAUGUAGCAGAUAAGGAGUUAUUUGUGGAAUCAUGUAUUAAAGCAUUAAAACCAGGAGGAUUUUUUUUUAUAACAACACCAUCUAAGACGAGAUUUACACAGAUAUUUAGUAUAUUUUUCGCCGAAAACAUAUGUGGGUUGAUACCCAAAGGAACGCAUCAGUACGAUAACUUAAUGACGCCAGAUCAACUUAAGUUAUUGUUGAACAAAAAUAAUUGUCCUGUAGAGGUCACUAGCGGUAUAACAUUUAACCCUCUAACAAGCAGGUUUUCUUUGACCAAUUCAACACGAAUGACCUUCGCCGUAAAAGCUGUGAAAAAUGCAAAUUAA